GCUUGGAAGGGGGGAUCGGUGAGGAAGAAGCACCCCGCAGGACAUGGUUCCCGCUUGGAAGGGGGGGGUGGGGGACGGACAGAGCACACCGCAGGGCAGGUUUCCCGCUUGGAAGGGGGGGUGGGGGACGGACAGAGCACACCGCAGGGCAGGUUUCCCGCUUGGAAGGGGGGGUGGGGGACGGACAGAGCACACCGCAGGGCAGGUUUCACGCUUGGAAGGGGGGAUCGGUGAGGAAGAAGCACCCCGCAGGACACGGUUCCCGCUUGGAAGGGGGGGUGGGGGACGGACAGAGCACACCGCAGGGCAGGUUUCCCGCUUGGAAGGGGGGAUCGGUGAGGAAGAAGCACCCCGCAGGACACGGUUCCCGCUUGGAAGGGGGGGUGGGGGACGGACAGAGCACACCGCAGGGCAGGUUUCACGCUUGGAAGGGGGGGGUGGGGGACGGACAGAGCACACCGCAGGGCAGGUUUCACGCUUGGAAGGGGGGGGUGGGGGACGGACAGAGCACACCGCAGGGCAGGUUUCACGCUUGGAAGGGGGGAUCGGUGAGGAAGAAGCACCCCGCAGGACACGGUUCCCGCUUGGAAGGGGGGGUGGGGGACGGACAGAGCACACCGCAGGGCAGGUUUCACGCUUGGAAGGGGGGAUCGGUGAGGAAGAAGCACCCCGCAGGACACGGUUCCCGCUUGGAAGGGGGGGUGGGGGACAGACAGAGCACACCGCAGGGCAGGUUUCACGCUUGGAAGGGGGGAUCGGUGAGGAAGAAGCACCCCGCAGGACACGGUUCCCGCUUGGAAGGGGGGGGUGGGGGACGGACAGAGCACACCGCAGGGCAGGUUUCCCGCUUGGAAGGGGGGGUGGGGGACGGACAGAGCACACCGCAGGGCAGGUUUCACGCUUGGAAGGGGGGAUCGGUGAGGAAGAAGCACCCCGCAGGACACGGUUCCCGCUUGGAAGGGGGGAUCGGUGAGGAAGAAGCACCCCGCAGGACACGGUUCCCGCUUGGAAGGGGGGGUGGGGGACGGACAGAGCACACCGCAGGGCAGGUUUCCCGCUUGGAAGGGGGGGGUGGGGGACGGACAGAGCACACCGCAGGGCAGGUUUCACGCUUGGAAGGGGGGGUGGGGGACGG